AUGCGGCCGAAGACGUUUCCGGCAAGCAACUACAGUGGCAACAGUCAGCAGAUGUUGCAGGAGAUACGGGAGAGCCUACGGAACCUCUCCCGCCUGUCUUCUGAUGCUGGCAAGGUGGAGACAGGUGGGGGCAAGAGCCUGCCAGAGGACCCGCGCCAGCAGGGCCGCAGUGCCAACCCCAAAAACCCCCACCACAAAGCCCUGCAGGUGAUUCGAGAAUCAUUAUUGCCAUUUGCCAACGAGCCCACCUGCACCGGUCGUGGAUAUGAGGUUAACAUGCAGAUGCUACAGGAGCUGUUGGCGGCAGGCUUUGACGAGGAGCUGGUGAUCUGUGCUCUGAGGAAUACCAACAAUCGCAGUGUGGGGGCAGCUAAAGAAUACAUCAGUAAGAUGAGCUACCAGGACCCAGUGAGAGAGCAGAUGGCAGCUGUAGCAGCACGUCCAGCUAACACAGCCAUCAAAGCAACUGAACCAGUGUUCUAUUGCAUUGUGGUCACUUAUUCUGUAGGAAUGUCACAUGGGAGCAAUACCAAUAAACCUGGAAUGGUGUUUGUGCUUGCCCCUCUCACAUCCAGCAGCCUGUUCUACGGAGGCCAAGUUGGAAGGGCUCCAAGGAAUCUCUGGCUCCACAGUGGCACGGAGCCCUCAUGGCUGAUGGCAUCAUGUACCGCUCUAACAGCCCUGGCCCUCAAGCUGACCUCCCCAGAUCUUCCACCUACCCCCAGAAUCUUGCGUCUGGGUGUCAGCAGCCAGCGGGUGAAUCCUCCACUUCCACCUCAAGUUCGUAGUGUCACUCCUCCCCCUUCUUCCUGGGAAUCAAACCCUGCCACCAAGCGCUAUUCUGGAAACAUGGACUACCUCGGGCCCCGCAUUUCGCCUGUUCCUCAGGGGCAAUGGCCUGACAACUUUCCAACCCCUGCAGGCCAGGCCCAAAGAGGCAUCAGCCCGGUGCCCAUAGGCCGCCAGCCCAUAAUUAUGCAGGGCUCUGGUGGAAACAAGUUCAGCUUUCCCCCUGCCUGGCCACAGAAUGGCUCAGGACAGGCAGAGUACGGCAGUGGCAGGCAGCCUCCUCCACCGUACCCACUGGGUCAAGCAAGCAGACAUAGUCCUACUGCCCAGCAAAUGCAGUCUGGUGGUCCCACUCCCUCCCCACCCUACUCCAAUGGAGGCAACCUGCCACCAUCCAUGUUGGUGCCCAAUCGUAACAGCCACAAUUUGGACAUGUAUCUUGGAGUACUGCCUCAGCCUAGACCACAGCAGCCUGGCUCUUCCCCUGGAAGCAGCAGUAAUCAAGAGGUUCCCUUACCCUCUUGGCCUCAUAGCAUCCCAGCACGCUCCAACUCAUUCACAAACACACAAUCGGGUGGACGGCCAUGUCCACCUGCACCCAACUCACAGCCCUCAGCCACAACUGUCACUGCCAUCACACAGGCACCCAUUCUGCAACCGGUGAAAAGCAUGCGGCAGCAGCAGCCACCCCCUCCUCACUCCCCCUAUCAGGAUGCUUCUGGGGCAGGGCCUACUGUACCUCAGAUGCCAGCUGUGUCUGAGGUGCCCAGCUACCAGGGUCCUCCACCUCCUUAUCCUAAGCACCUCCAAAAGCAGCAACCACCAGCUCCAUGCCCAGCAUAUGAGCCCAACCCCAAUGGCAGGAAGGAAGAUAAGGGUGGGGAGGAUGACACAGACAAUGCCAGCACUUGCUCCAGUGAGCGCGCUGAAAGCUCUGAGGCAGCUGUGGGGACAGAGCGGGAGAAAAAGCUGAUCAACACUUCUCCAGUCCCGGUAAGGAGAAACAAACGAGAUGAGGAACGUCGAGGAGAUGGUAGAGUACAGCUCUAUUCACCGCAAGCCUUCAAGUUCUACAUGGAGCAGCAUGUGGAGAACAUCUUAAAGAACCACCAGCAAAGGAUCCGUCGCAAGAAACAGCUAGAGAGCGAAAUGCAACGGGUGGGUCUAUCUGAGGAUGCUCAGGAGCAGAUGCGCAUGAUGCUCUCUCAGAAGGAGUCAAACUACAUCCGGCUCAAACGUGCAAAGAUGGAGAAGUCCAUGUUUGAGAAGAUAAAAACGCUGGGUAUUGGAGCGUUUGGUGAGGUCUGCUUGGCACGAAAGGUGGACACUGGUGCGCUCUAUGCUAUGAAAACCCUUCGUAAAAAGGAUGUGCUUCUAAGAAACCAGGUGGCCCACGUCAAGGCCGAGCGAGACAUCUUGGCUGAAGCAGAUAAUGAGUGGGUGGUCAAGCUUUACUAUUCGUUUCAGGACAAAGACAAUUUGUACUUUGUCAUGGACUACAUCCCUGGGGGUGACAUGAUGAGCCUGUUAAUCCGCCUGGGCAUCUUUGGCGAAGAGCUGGCACAGUUUUACAUUGCCGAGCUCACCUGUGCUGUAGAGAGUGUGCACAAGAUGGGCUUCAUCCACCGUGACAUCAAGCCAGACAACAUCUUGAUCGACCGUGACGGACACAUUAAGCUCACUGACUUUGGCCUGUGCACAGGUUUCCGCUGGACUCACGAUUCCAAGUACUACCAGAGUGGAGACCAUGUAAGACAGGACAGUAUGGAUUUCAGCAAGGAGUGGGAGGAUCCUGCAAACUGUCGCUGCGGUGACCGGCUCAAACCACUGGAACGGCGGGCUGCUAGGCAACACCAGCGCUGUCUGGCCCACUCACUCGUGAUAAACUGGCAGACAUCACUGCACAUCCCUCCGCAGGCCAAGCUGAGUCCAGAGGCGUCAGACCUGAUCGUGAAGCUAUGCCGAGGGCCUGACGACCGGCUGGGAAAGAACGGCGCUGAUGAAAUCAAAGCCCACCCUUUCUUCAAAAACAUUGACUUCUCCAUUGACCUGCGGCAGCAGCAGCACCCAGCACCCUAUAUCCCUAAAAUAACACACUGCACAGACACGUCCAACUUCGACCCCGUUGACCCUGACAAACUGUGGAGCGACGACGAUGGCAACCACAACGACACGCUGAAUGGCUGGUUUAAGAACGGCAAGCACCCUGAACAUGCCUUCUACGAGUUCACAUUCCGCCGCUUCUUUGACGAUAACGGCCACCCAUACAGCUGCCCCAAACCCAUUGGGUAUGACGGCUAUGAUGAAGAAGGGGAGGAGCCAGAUAACCCCACCCAGGGACAGGAGGCAGGACAAGGGCAGGGACGGGACCUGGUCUAUGUUUAG